AUGUCCUUAGUUUCUGGACCCGGCAGGGCCGCUGGGACGAUCUCCGAUCAGAAACUAUACCCCGAGAAACAUAUUGACUACAUCAAGAAACUGGAUAGCCGGAAAGAUGAGCUGGAAUACUGGCUCACGGAGCACCUGCGGCUUAACGGAGUUUACUGGGGCAUGACGGCUUUGCAUCUUCUUGGGUGCCCCGAAGGCUUACCCCGUGAUAAUUCCGUCGACUUCGUCCUCUCAUGCCAGCAAGAUAAUGGUGGCUUUGGUGCCGCACCAGGCCAUGAUGCACAUUUGCUGUAUACGGUCUCUGCUGUGCAGCUCCUAGUAAUGUUGGACGCUGUUGAUGAGUUGGAAAAGCGCGGGUUGGGCGGCAAGCAGAAAGUCGGUUCCUUCAUUGCGAGUCUCCAGGACAAGGAAACUGGCUCUUUCAUGGGCGACGAAUGGGGGGAGUUCGAUACGAGAUUUCUCUAUGGAGCGCUCAACGCCUUAUCCCUCCUAGGUCUCCUAGAUUUGGUGGACGUCGACAAGGCUGUUUCGCAUGUCCAGAAAUGUGAGAACCUGGAUGGAGGAUACGGUGUAUCCCCAGGGGCAGAAUCGCACUCUGGCCAGGUCUUUACCUGUGUAGGGGCACUGGCUAUCGCAGGGCGGUUGGAUCUAGUCGAUAAGGACCGUUUAGGUACCUGGCUUAGCGAACGACAGCUCGACCAUGGGGGAUUGAAUGGGCGGCCGGAGAAACUCGAGGACGCCUGUUAUAGUUGGUGGGUAGGAGCGAGUCUAGCUAUGAUUGGCAAGCUCAACUGGAUCGAUGGCGACAAGCUUGCUGCUUUUAUCCUACGCUGUCAGGAUCCGGAGGCUGGUGGUUUCGCCGACCGACCCGGAAAUGCUGUUGACGUCUUUCAUACGGUCUUUGCCGUUGCUGGCUUGAGUCUCCUGGGGUUUGAAGGCAUUGCUGAAGUAGAUCCUGUCUAUUGUAUGCCGAAAGCAAUCACAAAGAAGGUUUUGUCUUCGUAG